CAGUUUAGAUAUGAUGGCGUGAAGUGUUGUGAAAUAUCAUAGUUUUAAUAUUUCUUAUAGAAACUUAAAUUGAAUCUUAAAAUAAAUAAAAGUUGUGCAUUUGUUCAUAUAAAUUAUUAUUUCAUUAAGUUGAUACGUAUUGGCGUGGAAAUUUAUAGGGGAAAUAAUACCGAGCGUCGUAAUGGCUUCAUUAUCGCUUUUAGCUACUUAUGAUGAGCUGGUGAGAUGUACAAAUAUCUUGAUAAAUGAAUCCCAUGAAGAAGAAUUCUUACAGUUUGCUCUAAAUCAAGAAGAAAUGAGACAGAAAUGGUUAGCAUCGGUACAAGAAUGCCAACGUCUUCAUUCAGCCUUAGAUAAGGCUCAUCGUGAUAAUGUUGGUCUUGAUAGAAAAUUGUCUCAUGCUAGGAGAAAUUUAGAAGAUGAGAAACGUAGACGUCGCGCUGCUGAAGACCAAAGAGAUUCAUUAGAAAGACAAAUUGCUAUGGCCAGAAAUCUCUUAUUUAAUGAUGGUGGAAGAAAUUUAAAUGAUGAAACUAGAGAAAAGCUUCAGUUUCUUAACAAUACUACUUUUAAUCAUCCAAGUAACAUACAUAUGCAGGACAUGCACAUUGAUAAGCUCAAUACAAUAGCAGAGCUGGAUUCUACAGGUUCAAUAUUGAGUGAUCUUAACUGCUUAUCAAAGACAGAAGAUGAUUUAGAUACCAGUGCUAUUUUACAAAAUCAGAAAAAAGGGGAAUUGAAAGAGCAACAAUCUAAUGAAUAUUUUACAAAGCAACAUCGCAAUACAGUACAUAAAGUCACAGAAUUGAAUUCAUCCGAUAAAAUAGUAGCAACUACUACUGUAGUUAUGCCAAAGGAUGGUACUAUUACAGCAUCAUCUACGAUUGAAGCUAUACCUGGUGAUGAAAAUAUAGAUCCUCAAGUUUUUUUGCGUAAUUCACGUAAACGACGUAAGAGUGGUACAGAAUGUGAGAGAUCCAAAUUAUCACACAUAGAUACAAAUGAAGUACUAAUAGAUACAGCGCCAUCAGCACCAAAAGCUGAUAUUCUUUCAUCAAGUUCAGACACAGAAGAUGUUUUUAAACCAAGUCCAAAUAUUGGUGGAUAUACUUUAAACGUAAAAAUGUCCAGAACACAUAAUUUUGAAGCUAAAACUGUUAUUAAAAAGGAAACAUGCACACCAUGUGGUAAAAGUAUUCGAUUCGGAAAAAUUGUGCAGAAAUGCAAAGAUUGCAAAGUUAUGGCUCAUACUGAAUGUAAAAAUUUAGUACCAUUACCAUGUGUUCCAACAGGAAAUACGCCUACAUUACGUGGUAUACCUGGUACUAUAGCUGAUUAUACACCUAUGACGCCACCAAUGGUACCUUCUAUAAUAGUUCACUGUGUUAAUGAAAUUGAAUUACGUGGAAUGAACGAACAAGGUUUAUACAGAAUAAAUGGUGCAGCUGCUGAUGUUAAAUGUCUAAAGGAAAAAUUCCUAAAAGGCAAAGGUGCUCCGAAUCUUUCCAAUGUUGAUAUUCCAACUAUAUGUUCUACUUUGAGAGAUUUUCUCAGGUCACUACGUGAACCAUUGAUCACUGUCAGUUUGUGGGCAGAUUUUGUACGAGUCACAAUGAUAACAGAUAAACAAGAUGCUGAUGCUGCUCUCUAUCAAGCUAUUUCAGAACUACCACAACCAAAUCGAGAUACUUUGGCUUUCUUGAUGUUACACUUACAAAGAGUAUCAAGUAGCCCUGAAUGUAAAAUGCCCAUCAGUAAUUUAGCCAAAGUCUUUGGGCCGACUUUGGUUGGUUAUAGAUCCCAAGAACCAUCUCUCGAUAUGCUCAGUGAGACCAAACAUCAAGUUGCAAUAGUAGAAAGUUUACUUCAAGUACCAUCUGAUUACUGGGACAAUUAUGUGAAUCCCACAAACACAAAUGACACAUGUACUCCAAAAACUGGAGAAUUAAGACAUACACCAUCCACAGAGUCACUUCUUAAACGUACUACCUCUCGUAGUUUUUUUAAUACUCCGCUUACUGCCAGCCGUACUUUUGCGAGAAGAAACAAGAAAUAUUUUGCUACACCACCUUCUAGAGCAGGUUGCGAGACAAUUCGCUGUACGCCAGGCAUUUUUUAACGUGUCCAUGAAUCAAUGCGUCGAUGUGUCACUGCUUGUAUUUAGGCGAAUGGCGAAUAUUUUCAACAUUUAUUGUAACUAACUCAAGGUCACAUUAAAACCAAAUGUAAAUAAGCCUAA